UUUUCAGUUUGAGGUGACAGCUGAACUUUGGGGAGUUGAGAAGCCCCUGUGAGGUCGGGUUCUGGGGCUUUGAGGAGGGUCUCUGUUGCAAGCUAGGUGCUGUGAGAAUCCCAACUUUUGGGGUACCCUUGGAUUUGGAGAUUGCCGCAGCCCGGAGGCAUGUGAUGGACACAGGAGGUUUCAGGAAGAUCUUUAUUUUGCAGUUUGGGGAGUAGGUGGAGAGGGGGAGCCUGUGGGGUCCCCUAAAUUGGGUUUUGGCCUUUCUCCGUUUAGCUCUCACCCGCUCUUGGCUCCGGGGCAGAGGACCCCGCCUCGUGGUGUCUGCGGGCUGCAUGCUUGGGCUGCCAUGGGGCCCUGCUGUGCCCUGCGCUGGGCAGCUCUGGCUGGCUGCCUGCUUGCCGUCAGGGGCUGUGUCACGUGUGAUGACAGGGUGAAGGCGGCGCUCGAGUCCCUGGAGAAGGAGUACCUGCCUAGCCAUCUGGAGGCUCAGCAUCACAAAAACGUAAUGAAGAGGGUCCACGAGGCCCUGAAGCAAUUCGAGGACCAACCCUUUAAAGAGGAGUCCUACAUGGGUGUCCUUGAUGAGAACUACCUGGACCAAGUAGCUUGGAGUUUCUUGAAAGAUCUGAAACGCAUCACAGACAGCGAUGUGAAAGGUGAGCUAUUCGUCAAGGAGCUGUUCUGGAUGGUGCAGCAGCAAAAAGAGCAGUUUGUCCGCAUGGCGGCACAGUUCCAGCAAGAGGCUUAUUGUCCCAACAAGUGCGGGACCAUGUUACAGGUUAUGAUCUGGUGCAGUACCUGCAAGAAGCAGAUUCAUCCGUGCCGGAAAUCCAAGGAGUGUGGGGAGCGCAAGGUGGAUGUGCAUCUGUUGGAGGACAUGAUCCUGGACUGCAAGCUCCCCUGGCAUCAGGCUUCCCAAGGCCUCACCGACUACAGCUUCUACAGGGUUUGGGUGAACAAGUCUGAGACCUUGCUGGCCAAGGGGAAGGAGCCCUUCCUGACCAAAACCUCAGCGAGUCCGGAAGAUGCAGGCAGUUACCGCUGCGAACUGGGCACUGUGAGCUCGGGCCCGGCCACCAUCAUACAUUUCCAAGUCACAGUGCUGCCCCUAAAGGCCAAGGAGGAGGAGCAGCCGCCAAACGUCGUCGUUAAUACUGAAGGGAACGCGGGAGAGGCGAUCCCGGCAAGCCCGGGGUCCUCGUCCCCAACCCUCCAGCCCCCGCAGCCCGAGAGCAUGCUGAGGAACCGCCUGGUGGGAUUGCUCAUCUGCUGCAUCGCGGUGCUGAUAGCCGGCGUCGCCACCGCGUGAGCCGCCCGCUGACAGGAUGCUGUGCCGGGGCAAGGGGAUCACUAAGACCCAGUCCUCCCACCUGGACCUGGACGAGAAGGCUUCUUCCUCCAAGACAUCACAGAAGGCCGCCGACUGACAGAGUCAAUAUUUAACUGACUGACAGAGUUAAUAAAGAUUUCUACGUAUCUGACUCA